UGGGGUUUUAGGGUUUCUGGAUAAAAUCUAUUUUGGUUUUUAAUCGUCGAUUAAGCUGCCGCUAGGGCUUCCAUUUAUCUUCAUUUUUAACGUUUAUGUAAUAAAAGAUAAAAGAAAAUUAGAAGUCCAACCUUUUAAAAGAAAAAGGAUUUACUGAUAUUCAAGGACAAAUAUACACACGUACGUAUAAAUAUUAACAUCGGCACAAAGUUCAGAACUCUGAUCAGUCAUUUUUAUUCAAAUUUCAAUCUGGAGGUUUGAUGUUUUCUUCCAAAAGAAUUAAGUUUUAGCGGAGGCUUUCAUCUAGGCGUUCUUGAAACUGAUCAAAACGACAUAGUUUUCAGGAAGAAGAGAAUGAGCUUUCCUGAUCCUCCUCCACCAAUACUACUGAACCAAGAACAAUCUGAGUUGAAUCCUCAAUUUGAUCAUGCACCGCCAUUUAAAAGACGGAGGAAUUCAGAAAACAACCAACUGAGUUCAGCCUCUUUCCCACCUAUGAAUCCGAGGGUUAAUUUACCAAAUAUUCCGGGAAAAGGAACUGGCCAUAUAUUUUAUAAGACACGCGUGUGUGCAAAGUUUUUGGAAGGGAAGUGUAGGAAUGGUGAGCAUUGCACAUUUGCUCAUGGUGCUGAUGAUCUGCGAGAGCCUCCUCCCAAUUGGCAGGAUCUUGUCCGUGAAAAGGACAGAGUUGCAGGUAGUUGGAAUGAUGAUCAGAAGAUAAUACCGAGGGUGAAAAUUUGCAAGAAGUUUUACAAUGGUGAGGAGUGUCCAUACGGAGAAAACUGUAAUUUUCUUCACGAACGCCCACCAAAAUUUAGGAGUGAUAUGGUGAAAGAUCGUAUGGAAAGUAAUGCAAUAACCAUAGGAACUACAAAUUGUAUCACGGCAAGGCGAAGUGAUUCUGAUCAGCUUGAGAGUCACAAGCAUGCAAGUGCUGAUCCAGACAUUCAUCGACCUAAACUUGCGUUUUGGAAAAAAAGGCUAUGUAGCAAAUAUGAGAUCAUGGGCCAAUGUCCCUUUGGAGAGAGAUGCCACUAUGCUCAUGGACAAUCAGAGUUGCAGGCAUUCAGUGGCAGAAGUGACACUGGGGAAGCGACAAACUUUCCCCCCGUUCCGAUCGAGCCUCUCUCUAUUGCUGCAGCAGGCGGCGAUUCAUUUCGUGCUAAUCAAGUGGCUUGGAAAGAUGAGCAAGGGGCCAAGAAGUUUCAUUUAUGGAAGUUGACAAAGAAAAUCAGUGGAAUUUAUGGUGAUUGGAUUGAUGAAGCAAAUCCACCUCACCUUUUGGUAUGAUUCUGAGAUUCUGAGAUAGUCCUGUUUUCAGUCUGUUUCUCAUUUCAAUAUACAUCCCCAAGGGAUAAUAGGCAUUCAAGUAAAAGAUGGAUGAAACCCUUUUUCUCAAUAUCUGAUCUGCCCCCAUUAUAAUGAUUGGCAAAUGCUCAUUUUGUAUCAACAAUUGGAUACUAGUUUUUUCUUGUAGAGAAGCAAAUUACUGUAUUAUUUUGGAAAAUACACCAUAGGUACAUGGAUUUUCAAAUAUUACUUUCUAUCACCAAAAGUCUAAAAGACGUUAGUUCAAGUAUGAGGAGUUUAAGUUUGAAGGUCACAAA